CGACCAACUGAAGCGGAGGCGGAGUAGAACAACUGAGGACCUCAUCCCAUGAAGACGAGGCCAUGACGAAUCCAAUUGUUAUCCUCGCCCAGGCGCGGCGGCGCGCUCGGUCUGUAGCCUGCGUGGCCACUGUUAUCUCCCUCAUGUUCUUGUUGGUUACUGGCGGGCUAGUCUCUGCUUCUUCUCACGCAGCUCUUAGCGGGAACACCGGGCCGCCGCCGCACCACCAGCACCCUGCUGCUGCCGACUUCCAAUCGCAGCAGCAGCAACAGUCGCACGCAAGGCGACAGCGAAAAGACCAAAGCGAAGGCACAACGACAACUGUGCGGCCACUGCUGUACCCCGAAGUGGACGAUUCUCGACAUGGAGUGCUGCUCCCCCCGAACAGUAUCACUCCGCCACACCACAGCAGCAGCAGCAGCAGCAGCGGCAGCAGCAGUAGCGCUUCAACCUCUGCACAGACAACGGUGCUGCUGCAUGAAGAGCAGCGGGAGAAGCAACAGGCAGGGAGGCAGAACCUGAAAGGCAGCAGAAAGCGAAGGGCGGCGGCGGCAGCAGCAGCAGGAGAGGACGACGACGACGACGACGACCAGCAGGGUGACCAGCCACCUCAAGACCAAGACGACGGAACGCCGGCUCCAGAACCCACCCCUCUUCCUACCCCCGACCCCACCCAAGCGCCCACGCCCGAUGCUACCCAAGCACCCACGCCCGACCCUACCCAAGCACCCACGCCCGACCCUACCCAAGCACCCACGCCCGACCCUACCCAAGCACCCACGCCUGACCCUACUGAGGCACCCACUCCUGACCCCACUCAAGCACCGGUCCUUGCGGCAACGCCGGCACCCACGCCAGCAGCGGAGGAGGCCACCCCGGCGCCCGCGGCCGCGGCAACUCCAGGGCCUGUUAACGAUGAGGGAGGCGGGGACGACGACAACAAGGUCGCGACGCCCCGCUUCACGGGCACGGCUCAGCACUCCGUCAUGUCCUACACGGACCACAUCGAGUGCGACACCGAGGGCGCCACAAUCCGCUACACCCUGGACGGUUCCGAUCCCGUCACCACAACAACGACGUCGGUGCACGAGGUGGCCCCCGGGGGCUCGGUGUUUGUGAAAACGAUCGGAACGGUGACCAUCCGGGCGGUCGCGACGAAGGAGGGCAUGGAGAACUCGGACGAGGCGCAGAAAACGGUCACGAUUCAGGAUCAAGUCGAAGAUCCUGCCCUCUUCUUCGCUGGCGAGAGCGCGACUGCCGACGUGACCCAGGAAGAAAAUGCCUUCCUUCGGACCGUCGCCAUCACCAUGAACUGCUCCACGCCCAACGCCACCGUGCGGUACACCACGGAUGGCGUUUCCGUCCCGGGGGACACGUCCCCGUCGGUAGAGCCCGGGACCGUGGUGCAGUGGUCGGAGGAGGGCACGUGGGAGUUCAGGGUGGUUGCGGUGGCGGACGGCCUGUACCAGAGCGAGCUCACCAAGUGGCCGGUGACGAUCGUUGCGCCCAGGACCGAUGAGUACCCCGUCGCGGGGUCGUCGGGAGGUGAGACAGAGUAGGUGUUGCCUGAGGCGAAUGACCUUGGGUUGCUGCUGCUGCU